CUUGUUUUUCAGUGACACAUUCGGCCAUUCAUGUUUCAUCGGUGCGGCAGCAUUUUUUCUUGUGAAAAUUUUUAGAUUAAAGUUAAUUGAACAAUUAGGUGCUAUUGGCCGGAAAGUUGACCCACCCGAAGAAGGGACCGUUCUCCUUCCUCCCGUAACAAGAUGAAGGAUAAAACCAUGCUGAUGUUUACGCUGUUGGCAGCAUUUAUGGCCACAUCCACCCUCGUAUGUGGCACGGAGGAACCGGAACCGGAGGUUGUCCAGGACAGCGGCGAUCUGUCCUACAAAAGCCCGUACGCUGAUCCGGCCAAGUUCUACUUUGCGGAUCACUUUGAUGACAAAGACCAGUUUGCCGAUCGGUGGAUCAAGUCCCAGGCGAAGAAGGACGACACGGCGGAAGAAAUCGCCAAAUACGACGGAGAGUGGGACGUGGAACUGCCCAAGCGAACGCUCCUCGCCAACGAUUUUGGUCUGGUGCUGAAAUCGAAGGCAAAACAUGCUGCUAUCGCUUCCCGGCUCAGCAAACCGUUUGUGUUCUCCGAUAGGACUCUGGUGGUGCAGUACGAGGUCAACCUGCAAGACGGCCAGGAAUGCGGCGGCUCGUACAUCAAGCUAUUGUCUUCAGGAAAGGAAACGACAGAUCUCAAACAGUUCCGUGACAUAUCUCCUUACACGAUCAUGUUCGGACCCGACAAGUGCGGAAACGACGUAAAGUUGCACUUUAUUUUCCGCCACGUUAAUCCAAUCAACGGCACUAUCACUGAGAAACAUUGCCGCAAAGCAAAAGACCGCCUUGACGAUGCCUUCAAAGACAAACAGCCCCACCUUUACCAGUUGGUCCUACGCCCUGACAACACUUACUUGAUCCGUUUCGAUCACAAGAUCAUCAAUGAAGGGUCGUUGUUUACCGAGUUUACGCCGCCUGUUAAUCCUCCGAAGGAAAUUGAUGACCCUGAGGAUGCAAAGCCAACCAACUGGGACGAAAGGGAGAAAAUUCCGGACCCCGACGCAAAGAAGCCCGACGACUGGAACGAAAACGAGCCACCGCAAAUCCCGGACCCGAGCGCUUCUAAGCCGGAAGGAUGGCUCGAUGACGUGGAGGAGAUGAUUCCGGACCCGAAUGCGGAGAAGCCAGCCGACUGGGAUGUCGAAAUGGACGGCGAGUGGGAGGCACCGUUGAUUGCUAACCCCGUGUGUGAGAAGGCGGUCGGUUGUGGCCUGUGGAAGGCUCCGAUGAUCUCGAACCCCAGCUACAAAGGCAAAUGGCGCGCACCGUUGAUUGACAACCCCAACUAUCAGGGCAAGUGGGCACCCAGGAAAAUUCCGAAUCCAGACUUUUUCGAAGAUACCAACCCAUUCAAAAUGACCACAAUUGCUGCAAUUGGUAUUGAGCUGUGGUCAAUGUCUAGUGAUAUAUUGUUCGACAACCUGAUCAUUACCGACGACGAAGAUGCCGCGCGGGACUGGGCUGCCCAGACGUUUGACUUAAAGCGAAAGCUUAUUGAUCGUGAGGCGAAAACAUUGUGGGACCGAGCGAUGAAGUACAUGGGAUACAAGCCUGGAUACUGGGCUGCGUAUUUCGUGUACUGUUCCAUUCCCGUGAUCGCAUAUGUUUGGUUCUUGCUCAGACGUCGAAACGAACCAAACGAACCGGAGGAAGAGCUGGAGAGCACACCGCCAACCGCUGCCCGUACAAAGAAAACCGAUGAGUUUGUGCCCGACGAUGACCAGGAUCAGCAGGAAUCUUCCCGGACGAAAUCGAAUCUCAACUCGCCGAGUGGCGAACAGGAAGGAGGAGCUCAAGCGGAAACCGUGGACGGUGGAGAUGAUGAAGAAGAGGGGGAUGAAGAGGACGAAGAAAACGAACCAGAGGACGAGGAACCCGACACCGUCAUUGAGGGAAAGGAAGCGGAUGAGCUUCUGCAGGACGAACCCAAAGAACCCGAGGGUGGCGUGAAAAAGCGAAAGCCUAGAAGGGAGUAGUAGAAGAACCGUUUGCCGCCAGCCGGGCAGCUUCAACUCAACUUAUUUUCAUCUCCAGCUUCAGCAAAGAGUAUUGCAUUUCCUUUUGUUACUAUCCUGCAAAAAAAAAAAAAAAACAAAAAUAACACUAGAAAACCAACUACUAGCCGGUGCAGUUAUAGGUUUUUAUGGAUCAGUCAAAUAGCGUUUAGUUUUAUCAAUAAUUUAUAAAAGAAAGGAGUUAGAAAUCUUAAGUAAAUGCCGAACAAAAAAUAUCGUCAGUAGUUUUGCAUAUGUGUGUGUGAACAUUUGAAUUAAAAAAAAAUGAAACACAAUAGAUUAAAAUAAACGACUGAUUGUAUGAAUCAACAUCAAAGGAGCAUUGUCAACAACAACAUAUUCGCCAAUAAAGCCGGUACAAUAAAGAAAAUUCCGAAAA